AUGGAGGAGGCGAUGCAGGCGGCCGAGGAGGGCCCGAGCGGGGCCAAGAUCUACAAGCAGCAGCGCAGCCCCUACAGCGUCCUCAAGACCUUCCCCAGCAGCCGGAGACCGGCGCUCAGCAAGCGCUACGAGAGACCCACCAUGGUGGAGAUCCCGCAGGUCAGGGCGGGCGCCGGGCAGCCGCCGCCGCCGCAGCAGCAUCACUUCCACCAGCAGCAGCCGCCGCCGCCAGCCGUCGCCUCGUCGUCCUCCCUCGGCGAGCACCAGCUGCCUUACCAGGCGCACAGCUCCUUCCCAGGCGGCAGAGCCUCCCAGGGCCACCCGCCCCGGACGCCGGCUUCGCAGCUGGGACACCAGUCGGCGCCGGCCGCCUCGUCCUCCUCGGUCAGCGGCUGCUUCUCUUCAGAUGGAUUUGGGAGGGAGUGCUGCUGGAAAGACACGGGACCAAACUUCCAAUGCCUGAAUUCCUUCUAUAGCCCAAAGUUUCCGCUCUGUCACACUGGCUCCCAUCACAUUUUGCCUGAAGACCUCAGGUUCAAGCUCAGCAUCUCCACAGAGAGCCGUAUGAUUCUGGAUGCCUUCGCCCAGCAGUGCAGCCGGGUCCUCAGUCUCCUAAACUGCGGCGGGAAGCUCCUGGACACCAGUCGGUCCCAGUCGCUGAUUUCCUGCAUCAAGCAGGAGGGGGCCGGCUUCGGCGAACGGCCAGAGCAGUGUCAGCUUGGGAAGAUGGUCCACAGCCAGACCUCAGACAACUUAGACCUGGAGCUGCAGUACCUCCAAAAGAAGCAGCAGACCUCUGCAUUCCUGAGGGUCUUCACCGACUCUCUCCAAAACUAUUUGCUUUCGGGAAGCUUCCCCUCUCAGAACGCUCCCUCGGUGAGUGACUUUGGCCACCUGGCAGACGUGGAUCCGCUUUCUACCUCUCCGGUGCACACGUUAGGGGGAUGGACGUCCCCAGCGACCUCGGAGUCCCACGGUCACCCGUCGUCUUCUACUCUUCCAGAGGAGGAGGAGGAGGAGGAGGAAGGCUACUGUCCUCGUUGUCAAGAACUGGAGCAGGAGGUAAUCUCCCUGCAACAAGAGAAUGAGGAACUUCGAAGGAACCUGGAGAGCAUACCAGUGCCGUGCCAGACUGUUUUAGAUUACCUGAAGACUGUUCUUCAGCAUCAUAACCAGCUCAUGAUGCCACAGCCCGUGGACCAGCCGGCAGAGGGCAGCAAACAGUUGCUGAACAACUACCCCGUCUACAUCACUAGCAAACAGUGGGAUGAGGCCGUGAACUCCUCCAAAAAAGACGGACGGCGGCUCCUCCGGUACCUCAUCCGAUUUGUCUUCACCACCGAUGAGCUUAAGUACUCGUGCGGCCUUGGAAAAAGGAAAAGGUCAGUGCAGUCAGGAGACCCUGGUCCUGAAAGACGUCCUCUGGAUCCAGUUAAAGUUACAUGUCUCAGAGAAUUCAUUAGGAUGCACUGCACUUCCAAUCCUGAUUGGUGGAUGCCUUCUGAAGAACAGAUAAACAAGGUCUUUAGUGAUGCUGUGGGACACGCCCGGCAAGGGCGGGCAGUGGGGACGUUCCUUCACAAUGGCAAUUCGUAUUACGAAGGGAUGGACCAACACAGUUCACAAGACGACCUCUUCAAUAGAGGGGUCCACGAUGGAUCUGGUGACUGA